AUGAGGCAGCUGGGUGUACCUGGGGAGGCUGCAGGAUUUGGCGCUAGAGAUGCUGAAGGGUCAGUUGGUAUGACAGAGUUUCAGGUUGGUCAGCAAUUUCAGGAUAAGGAUGAUGCCAUGUUAAGUGUGAAGACUUACAGCAUCCGCCGAGGUGUACAAUACAAGGUUGUGGAGUCUGAUUAUCGCUGUCACAUUGGCAAGUGUUCUGAGUUCGGAAAUGGGUGCACAUGGUUGAUUCGGCUGAGUCUCCAGCAGCGCAAGGGCAUAUGGGAGGUCAAACGGUACAAUAGACCGCACACUUGUCUCGCCAGCUCUAUCUUCAAUGAUCACAGGAGUUUGGAUUAUCAUGUGAUAUCGGCAUUCAUUAUGCCAAUGGUUAGAGUUGAUGUAUUCGUUAGCAUCAAGAUGCUCCUAAAUGCGACUGCGUCGCAUUACGGAUUCAGGCCGACCUACAGGAGGGUCUGGAUGGCGAAGCAGAAGGCUGUUGCACUCAUUUAUGGUGACUGGGAUGAGUCUUACAACGAGCUCCCACGGUGGGUGUUAGGAGUGCAGGUGACAAUGCCUGGCUCUAUUGCAGUUCUUCGGACUAGCCCUGUUCGAGUUGGGGGACAACUGGAUGAAUCUCAGGCUUAUUUUCACAGACUGUUCUGGACUUUCCUACCAUGUAUCGAGGCAUUUUGUCAUUGCAAGCCGUUGGUUAGUAUUGAUGGGACCCAUCUCUAUGGCAAGUAUGGGGGUACUCUGCUUGUGGCGAUUGCACAGGACGGGAACUCCAACAUACUCCCUGUUGUAUUCGCGCUAGUCGAGGGUGAGAAUGCUGAGUCUUGGUCAUUCUUUCUCUCCCACCUCCGUCAGCACGUUACACCACAGCCAGGUCUGCUCGUUAUCUCUGACAGGCAUAACGGCAUCAAGACCGCCCUUGAGGCUCCCGACGGUGGCUGGCUACCUCCGGCUGCAUACCGAGCUUUCUGCAUUCGGCACGUAGCAGCAAAUUUCGCCCUUACCUUCAAGGGUAAAGACGCAAGGAGGCUUCUCGUGAACGCUGCCUAUGCUAAGAAGGAGGUCGAGUUCCAUUACUGGUUUGAUAUUCUUCGCUCGGAAGAUCCGACGAUGUGUGAAUGGGCAAACCGGAUUGAGUAUUCAUUGUGGACACAGUGUUGCGAUGAGGGCCGAAGAUUCGGUCACAUGACGACAAAUAUAUCCGAGUGUGUGAAUUCAAUCCUCAAGGGUGUGAGGAACCUUCCUGUAUGCUCGUUGGUUAAAGCAACGUACGGUCGGUUGGCCGAAUUUUUUGUUCGCUUGGGGAGAGAGGCGGAGGCCCAGCUGGGUACGGGACAACAAUUCAGUCAACACCUUGUUAAAUGUAUAGAGGCCAACUUGAAGACGGCAAGGUGCUUCACAGUUACUUUGUAUGACAGGGACAACUUGGAGUACACGGUCGCAGAGACCACUCUUACUGGUUCUUUCUCCCUUGGUAGCUACAGGGUGUCACUCGGAUCUCAGACAUGUGAUUGCGGAUACUUCCAGGCACUGCAUUUCCCUUGUCCGCACGCACUGGCAUGCUGUGCUUACUCACGAGUCACUUCGCACUCCUAUGUCCACCCAGUCUAUCGACUCAGUAACAUUUUUAGUGUCUAUCAGAUGGGAUUCAGACCUCCAAUCCCAGAGGGUUUCUGGCCACCAUAUGAUGGGCCGACGGUAAUACCGGACCCGAACAAGAGGCGUGCAAGGGAGGGUCGUCCCAGGUCUACUCGUAUUCGGACGAACAUGGACGAGGCAGAUCCAAAUCGGCCUAAGAGAUGCGGCUUAUGUCGGCUCUCCGGACACACUCGUCGGAGCUGCCCACAGGUCGGGGGUAGCCAGGGAGGACAGUGA